UACUUUCUGUGGAGUGUAGUAUGUAGCGUACUUUCAUUUAUAAAAAAAUUAAUGCAGAGUAACGGAAUAUAGAAAUUUGAAUAAAAAAAACCUGACAGACAGACGUUAAAAUUCAAAAAAUCAAAAGGCAAGGCGCGGCCGUCAAUGGUUGCUCAGUCCCUUCACUCUCUCUUUGUGUCUACCAAAUCAAACAAUCAUUCAAAAUUAAAUCAUGGAUUCCAAAGAUAAUUGUAGAAAUGAACUCCGAAUUGCAAUUCGUCAACUCACAAAUCGCGGUCUCUAUUCCCCUUCUAGAUGGGCAGCUGAACAAUUGCUAGGUAUUGAGCAAGACCCUGCAAAGUUUACACCUUCUCAUACUCGAUUUCAACGAGGUAGCUCUAGCAUUCGUCGUAGAUUUAAAACCCAUGACCCUACUUCAACGCCUAGUCCUAGUGUUUCCUUUGUUUCUACACCAAUGCCAGAGGAGGAUGAUGAUGUUGUGGAUAGUGAUUUCUACCUUUUGGCCAAGUCCUACUUCGAUUGUAAGGAGUUCCGGAGAGCUGCCCAUGUACUUAGAGACCAGGCUGGACGGAAAGCUGUGUUCUUGCGAUGUUAUGCCUUGUACUUGGCAGGGGAGAAGCGAAAGGAAGAAGAGAUAAUAGAGCUGGAGGGGCCUUUAGGGAAAAGUAAUGUUGUGAAUCGCGAAUUGGUUUCCCUUGAAAGGGAACUAUCCAUGUUGCGGAAAAGAGGUGUUCUGGAUCCAUUUGGGAUGUACUUGUAUGGUCUUGUGUUAAAAGACAAGGGAAAUGAGAACCUUGCUCGUGCUAUCCUCGUGGAGUCUGUAAAUAGCUAUCCAUGGAAUUGGAAUGCAUGGUUGGCAUUGCAAUCACUCUGCACCACCGUUGACAUGUUAAACAGUCUUAAUCUCAACACCCAUUGGAUGAAAGACUUCUUUCUUGCUAAAGCUUAUGAAGAACUCAGGAUGCACAAGGAAUCCUUGGAUAAGUACGAGCAGCUCCAGAAAACAUUUUCAUUUAGCAGCUACAUACAAUCUCGGAUGGCAAAUGUGCAGUAUCAUUUAAGAGAAUUUGAACAGGUAGAAGUCAUCUUUGAGGAGUUAUUAAGAAAUGAUCCAUACCGAAUUGAAGACAUGGACAUGUUUUCUAACGUGCUUUAUGCAAAGGAAGCGUUCUCAUCCCUCAGCUACCUAGCCCAUAACGUAUUCUUGACUGACAAAUAUCGACCUCAAUCAUGUUGUAUCAUUGGUAAUUAUUACAGUUCCAAGGGCCAACAUGAGAAAUCAGUUUUGUAUUUCAGGAGGGCUCUCAAGUUGGACAAAAAUUAUUUAUCUGCCUGGACUCUAAUGGGCCACGAGUAUGUUGAGAUGCAGAACACAGCAGCCGCAGUGGAUGCCUAUCGUAGGGCAGUAGACAUAAAUCCAUGUGAUUAUAGAGCAUGGUAUGGAUUAGGGCAAGCCUAUGAAAUGAUGGUAAUGCCUCAUUACGCUCUAUAUUAUUUCAAAAAAUCUGUUUUCCUGCAGCCAAAUGAUCCGAGAUUGUGGAUUGCAAUGGCUCAUUGCUAUGAGAGUGACCAUUUACGUAUGUUUGAGGAGGCAAUCAAAUGUUAUAAACGAGCUGCAAAUCGCCAAGAUACUGAGGCGAUUGCUAUUAACAGAUUGGCAAAACUAUAUGAUCAGCAAGGGCAGCAUGCAGAGGCUGCAUUUUACUACAAGAAAGAUUUAGACAGAAUGGAGGCAGAUGAAAGGGAAGGACCAAACUUAGUUGAUGCUUUGAUGUUCCUUGCUAAAUAUUAUAGAGCCCAGAAAAGAUUUGAAGAGGCAGAGAUUUAUUGUACCCGAUUGUUGGAUUACACAGGACCUGAAAAGGAAACAGCAAAGAGUUUACUUAGAUCUAUGAAAAUGGCGCAAUCUGGUUUCCCGUCCAUGGAUGUUGAGCAUUUUCCACCACACGGCUCUCAUUCCUGAAUGCAGACUGCGUAUGUAUGUUAGCAAAGCUUCUUUUGCUGUACACAAUCAUUCUGUAUAUGCAUGGAGUAAUUUAAUUCAUGGUAGAUGGAAUCUUACAAUUGAAUUUUGUAAUUUGUAGUCUAUAGAAGUAGCUUUAUUAGGACCUUAACACUAUUUGGACAGUUUAAUUAUGAUAUUUUCUUCUUCCUCCUCCCUAAGGCUGGGAGUCAAAGUUCGGAUCUACCUCUUUGACUUCAAAAGUCAGAGGAUCUCAAGUGUCUGAAAAGUAAAAAAAAAUGGAGGGAAUAACAGCUUUUGUGAAUUUGUGUGGCUUCUAAAGUCUACUAAAUUUGUAAAAAAAAAAAUAGUUUGAGAAGAUUAAGUUUAUUGAUUAUUCUUAUAGAAGAAGGUUUGGCAAAUUAUUAUAUGUUAAUUCAGCAAA